AUAUGCUACUUUUGGGGCCCUGCUUGCACCUAGAAAAACAUUUCCUGGAGUUUUCUGCCUCUAGCCUAAACUCAGUUUACUCUGUUGCUAGACUUAAACUCUGAAGUCAGUUCGGCAGGUUUGAAAAUAUGUUUUUUCUUUAUUUUUCCAAAGCUGCUGCUUUUCACAGUAUGAAACUAGUGGGAGUAUACAGUAUAUCAUUUCAAAUAGUUGUUAAGAUGACAAAAACAGACCCAGCUAAUGAUGCUAACUAAUUGCUAAUGUUUGACUGUUGCAAAAAAAUACAAUGGAAGCAAAGAAGAGGUUAACAGCCUUGGCAAUGCUGGUGCACAAAGAAAUAAUCACGGAAAAUGAUUCAAAUGUUUGGGGGGAGCAUGCAAGAUGACUUGAGAGUUAACUUUUAAAGCACAAAGCACUGCUCGACACAAAUCUUCACAUAUUUGACGCAAAGAUCGUUUUUUUCCAUUAGAGGAGGAGUGUGUUUUUUUCUUUGACCCCGUUUCGUGACAAUGCCAUUUGGGCCAAAAACAGUCUGAAAGGCGAGAGUGAGGGAUGUUCAAACUCUGCGUGCUCGCGGUCGCUCUUUUUAGAGCUCAUGCUACGGUCCUCUUCGCCAGCCUGGGCGACAAUGUGACCCUUCCUUGCUUCUUUGAUUCAGAGGCCACAUAUCUGUCCUGGUACAAGCAGGUUGCAGGUGACAAACCUGAAAUCAUCCUCUCUUACUAUGUCUACUUGGACAAUUCCCACAACCAUCAGAAAAUGGGGUUGGUCAGCGAGCGACUGACAGCUCACCAAGGAGCAAACUUCUUCCACCUAAAGAUUUCUGGUGUGGGGCUCUCGGACACGGCUGUGUACUACUGUGGGCAGACUCAUCUCACCGUCACCAGCUUUGACAAUGGAAUAUUUUUGCUUGUGAAAGAAUCAAGCCACCUAUCUGUUAGCCAGCGUCCAACAUCUAUCUCGGCAACUGAGGGGGGUUCUGCUGCCUUACAAUGCACCACACACCCUGGAAUCAGCAACGGACAUCACAGGGUCUACUGGUUCCGAGAGGCCUCACAGGACUCCUGUUUGGGAAUGACGUACGUCCACUCGGAGAACAGCAGCAAGUGCACGAAAGUGUCCGAGCGGCGCUGCGUUUACAUGCUGUCCAAGAAGGAUGUCACCCUUGCCGACGCCGGGUUGUACUACUGCGCGGUGGCCUCCUGUGGCGAGAUAGUGUUUGGCGAGGGGACCAGGCUGGAUGUUGGAGGACAGACCCACACUUGGUUGACACCCUGCCUGAUUGCAGCUCUGCUUUUGUCCAUAUUCUUUAACCUCCUGCUCGCUCUUGUUUGCAAAAAGUCCAGAAGACAGCAGCUUCUGCAGGACGGAGCAAAUAUGCAGACAAGUGUCCUAGAAAACAAUGUGGAUGAUGAGAUUGAGGACGCUUUGCCAUACGUGGCUCUGGACUUCAAAAAGAGACAGUCCAACAGCAGGAGACAGAAGCGCCCCAAGGACACCAUCUACGCUGGAGUGAGACUCAAACAUGUGGACUGAUGUUUGCAAAGUCAUUUUUCUAUUAUUCUUCCUAACAUGGCUUUUGCACAAUGUGUGACAAACUCAGAAAAUGUGAUCUGAAUUCACCUGUGAUCUCCUUUCUAAAUAUCAAAUAUUUUCAUGUUACUUGCAUAACAAACUCAAAUACAGCACAUUCGUGAGCAGGACGGCCAACACUUAUCAAUGUCUUUGUCCCUUACUAAGCCUCGCUGGCCGGGACAAGUUGGCUCCACUGACCUUGCCUAGCGAGGAGAAGCUUUCGGGAAAAACAAAUAAUUGACUUUUCAUUUGACUUUGCAUUUUGUACUUGUAUAAAUGUAUUACAGAGCGAGCGAUCAUACCAUUUUGUUUACUGGUAUGAUUAAUUCUUAUAAAGAAAGUUCCUCAGAAAAUUAUUAUUUCGGGACCUCUUAUUAAAUACAACAAUCAGACAUAUGGCACAUUCUCCUGUCCGUUGCACGUGUGUGUGUGUGUGUGUGUGUGUGUGUGUGUGUGUGUGUGUGUGUGUGUGUGUGU